UUCAAAUCAAACGGAUUGUUUUCAUUCUGUGUUAAAGCUGUUAGUUUAACGAGUGCGAACGUCGAAUAUUAACCAAAUCAGAGAGAUAUAUAUUUUUUUGAGUGCGAAAAAUUCAAAAAAAGAAUAGAAAAAACAAAUCAAAUCCGUGAUUUCAUCAACAAAAUCGCAGCUGGAAAUUAAUUGGAAUCAACCGUUCAAUUUUCUCAUCGUUAUACGACUGAUUUGCCAGAAAAAUGUUCAGCUCAUUUACAGCGUCGCUUCGAAAUUUUGGUGAACGAACGGUCAAUCUGUUUCGACGUAAGAAAAAUAGCGCCGAACAAAAUGCCCAAGAUUUAGCUAAUGAAACCGAAGAAGCUGCAGUCAGUGUGAAAAAUGACUUGAAUAACGAUGCUAAUGAAAUUGGAGAAAACACAGACAAACUGUUGAAGACGGGCGAAUCGGCAUGGAAUUCAACAAAAGGAGCCGCAUCGUCAACAUUGAGCACGGUCGCCGAUACAACGGAAAAGGUGGCCAAUACAGUGGCCGAUAAAACGUCAUCGAUUGUUGGUAGUGUUGCCGAAACAACCAAGGAGACCACUGCUUCAGUGAUUGAUAAUUCAUCGAAAUUGGCCAAGAGCACCGCUGACAAAUCUAGUGAACUGGCCAACAAAGCGUGGGAUGGUACCAAAAAUGUCGCCAGCGCUGGUUAUGAAGGCAGCAAAAAUCUUGCUUCGAAUAUUGGAGAAAAAGCUGGCAAAACGACCGAUGCCAUUGUUGGUGGAACGAAAACAGCUUUGAAUACAACAGUUGAUACGACGAGCAAAGUUGCUCAUAAUGUAUGGGAUACAACCAAGAGUACUACUGCAUCAUUGGCUGAAGGGACCAAACAAGCUGGCGAAAAAGUAUAUAAUACAGGUGAAGUGAUUGUUGGUGGUACCAAGAGUGCUAUUAACACGACAAUUGAAACUAGCGGAAAAGUGGCUCAUGAUGCUUAUGAUCAAACUGGUAAAGCAGUUCAUGCCGUUGGCGAAAAAACAUCAGAAGUCGCACACAAUGUCUGGGACGGAACUAAGCACACGGCUGGAUCAAUUGCUGAUGGCACCAAAAAUGCCGCAUCGAAUGUGUAUGAUGGCACAAAGAAUGCUGCUUCCAAUGUUUAUGGCGGCACAAAGAACGUUGCUUCCAAUGUCUAUGAUGGCACAAAAACCGCCGCUACCAAUGUGUAUUCCGCUGGAGCUGAAAAAACUGGACAAGCUUGGGAAGGCACUAAGAACGUUGCAUCAACCAUUGGCGAAAAAACAUAUAAUACAGGUGAAGUGAUUGUUGGUGGUACCAAGAGUGCUAUUAACACGACCAUUGAAACUAGCGGAAAAGUAGCUCAUGAUGCUUAUGAUCAAACUGGCAAAGCAGUUCACGCCGUUGGCGAAAAGACGUCAGAAGUCGCACACAAUGUCUGGGAUGGAACUAAGCACACGGCUGAAUCGAUUGCUGACGGCACGAAAAAUGUCGCUUCCAAUGUGUAUGAUGGCACAAAGAACGCCGCUUCGAAUGUUUAUUCCGCUGGAGCUGAAAAAACUGGACAAGCUUGGGAAGGCACCAAAGGAUUGGCCUCAUCAAUUGCUUCGACUGGUGCCGAAACAACUGGCAAUUUGUUCCGUAAAUUCAAAGACACCACGUCGUCGGCAUUUGAAAGCACAAAAUCGAAAACCGAUCAAGUGGCCGAUUCAGUAUCGGACAAAGCGCAAACAGCUUGGGAAAAUACCAAGGAUACCACAAAAGAGAUUGCUUCCAAAUCGAAAAAGAAGACAAAUGAAACGUUGAAAGGGGCAGAACAAUCGGCUCAUUUCUUAGCUAAAGAAACAACGGCUCUUGCAAAAGAGUGUGAAGACAGUGUUGAAGAUGCAAUCGAAAAUAUCGGCGACGGAACCGAAUCAGCAUGGAAUCGAACAAAAUUAGCAGCUAAUGAUGCUGCACAAACAACUGAUGAUGCAAUAAAUGCGGGAGUGACAUCAGCAGCCGCCUUGAAGAAUAUCGGCGAAAAAACUAGCAGUCUUUUCGAACGCAAGAAGAAGGAAGUCGAAGAUUUGGCCACCGAAAAAGCUACUGAAGCUCAAACUUAUGCUGAAGAACAAGCAAAGAAGACCGGCGAAGCUAUUGAAGAAACGAAAAAUGAGGCGACCAACAUUUUUGCAGGCGCAGCUGGUGAUGUGAAUACAUCAAUUAAUAAUGGAGCCGAUGCUAUGGAUAAAACCAAACAGGAUUUGAAUGCAAUGGUCAGCGAUGCAUCGUCAUUGGCUGAAAAGGCCAAAACAACCGGUGGCACUUUGUUUGAUCAUGCAAAGGGUGCUGCCAAUGAAGCUCUCGCUGCUGGCAGCAAAGCUGCUGAAAACAUCGUCGAUGAAAAAUUAAAAGAAGCGGAAAAUACUUUUGAUGCUGGAAUGAAAUCAAUGACCGGUGUGGUUGAUCAAAAAAUCAAAGAAGCCAAUGCUUAUGCUGAUGCAACACGUGAUGAUCUUGAAAAGAAAUUACAUGAUGCCACUGUCAAUGCUCAGAAUAAUGCCGGUAUGGAAGCUGCUAAUUUACUCGGAAAACUAAGCCUUACACGACCAACAUAAGAAGGAUUAAGGUUUAUGUAUCCGAAGUACCCCGAUGCAUCUAAAGAAGCUAGCUUAUAAGAAGGAAUAAAACAAAAACUAAAGUUUUUAAAAUGCAUUUCUUGCAUUUAUCGUUGAAUGUUUUCUGUGCUUUAUGUUAUUUGAGCCAAAUUGACAUCACAAAGUUUAAAUGAAUGUUAAAACACUACCUUUUAAAGAAAAUGCAAAAUUUUAAUUCUGACAGUCACAGAAAUUAAGUAAAUAUGAAUAUUAUUUUUUAAACAAAAAGUCAACAAAUACGAUUCAAAUUCAGAAAACGGACGGUUUUCAUUGAAAUUAUAUUAAAUUCUGAAAUCUGGUGAUUUUUCUUUAUUUUUCUCUAAUUUCGCAAAUCACAGAAAAGUAACAAUUCGCAUAUGUCACAUAAAAAUAUUGGCCGCAUUCGAUACAAUGCCUAUCUAUCACCAAAAUGAAGCUCUUCGGAACAUUAUUUCAAACGCAAAAUUUAAUAAGAAUCUCAAACAUUUUAAUUUCGCCACAAAAAAACACAAAUUUUUAAAUCAAUUUUCCAAGAUAUUUUAUUCAGAAUAGAAUAGGUAGGUGAAUUUGAAUCAAUUUAAAUUUUUAAUUUCUUAUUAUAGCACAUAAAAACACUUUAUGAAGAUAAUUGAAAAACAAUAAAAAAAAACUUGUUAUCAGAUUGAUGUGUAAGAUAUAAACGCAACGAAAUGCCUUUCUUUAUAUUUGACAAAAGAAAAUCUAAUUUUGAAAAUAAAAUAAAAUCGGUCGUAAAAUUGCAUUCAA